UCCCCGCUGCCGGUCACCCUCUCCCAGCUCCCGUGGGCGCCAUCUUGGAUGUGGGCACCCUCCCACCCAGCGCCGCUGCCAUUGGUGGGUUGCGCAGGCUGUGGUCAGACAGACCAAUCGGGAGCUGGAAUCCUGCAGGCCGCUGAAGCCGAACGGUAACGUCAGGGGCUGGGCACACAGGUGAACCGGUCAGGCGGAGCUUGGACGAGCCGGGAGGCGGGGCUGAAAGUUCCUUAACCCAGGCAGGAGAAGCAGCAGCCGAUGCUCCGGUAAAACAAGUAUAAAAUGAAUGACAAGAAGUUCUCCUUCAUGAUGGGCAUCUUCUGUAUCCUCAACACCAUCCAGUUCCUCAUCUUUGAAGUGAACGAGGUUGCAUACAUCGGCUACGAGGACAACUUCAGCAUCUACAAGGAGACAAAGUCUGAGCUAGUCUCUUGGGUCACGACCUACAAGAAGCACAUCAACAUCUGCCUAUCCACCAUCACCCUCAUGGUCAGCUCCUUGUUCCUCUAUUGCAUCCACAUCAGCAACUACGUGGGGCUGCUGUGUUACACCAUGUGGAUCAUCACCUAUGAGCUCCUCAGCUUCUCCGUGGUCCUGCUCACCAACGGGACCAUCAAAGAGCAGUUCAAGGAGCUGAGGUACUUGCACUUGAUUUUCCAGGUCUCCCGAAUGAUCCUGCACUUCUUCUGUCUGUCCUUCGUCACCAAGUAUGCGUACUCCCUUUACAAGGACCUCAAGGCUUUAAGCAAGACAGGCCGCCGCAAACGCUCCUCUGUCGGUACAGUUGACUCGUGGUCACCUGUCGGGCUGGGAACCUUGUCCCACAAGUUAAACUAAACUGUGCCAGGAAGAAGGGAGAGAGAGGGACAGCACUCCCCAGCGGUGGCUCGCCCUUCCCUGCCUGCCUUCUGCUGAUUCUCCUUGCCUUUUCCGGCUUCUCGAGUUUUAUGCACUUAAGAAUGACCCUUGGGGGAGGGAGGGUUGCGUGGAUCAGUUAUUAUACAUGUGUAUUUGUGACUUGUUUUGGCAUUUAAUUAUAGACCGCCCUUGUGCUUACUUAACCAUCUCAUUGCUGUAUCCUGUUGUCUCUCAUUGUACCCUCCUCUCUGCACUUUUCUCUUGUGGAUUGCCCACUGAUGCCUGGUUCUGCUGAAUCCUUUAU